GGUCCGCGAAGUCAGGCUUAAACGGGUUCGGCCAGCAAAAAGUAAAAGUCACCUGGCUGCGUGUGAGUGUAAUUGUCAGAUAAUGAGUGUAAUUACGAUAUUGCUCAAGACUUUGUUUGCGAUCGUAUUGGCCAUGCUUUUGGGAUCUGAGACCGCGGCCUAUGAUCCCGAUGAUUCCAAGAUAGCCGAAUGCUGUUUGCCACCCGAGGGGAUGUUCGAGGCCUUCUAUCCGCGGGAAAUGCACGGAAUCCCCAACAGCGCCUCGCGUCCCGCCCACGGACAUGGCAGCUUCUUCAAGCACCGCAACCCAGCGCUGGUCGACACAAAAAAUGCAGCGGCCUAUGGCUAUCGGUUCGAUGGCAAGAGGCGCUUCAAUUUCGACUAGCCCUGACCUCCAAAUCUGUCUUAAAUCUGUAAAUAAAGAACGCUUUGAAAAGUAAAUAUAACGAU